ACGACUUCCAUCGUCAUUUCCCAAGUCGUCGUCAUGUGCGUCCAAGAGCCCAAGCAGGCGCGCGAGUUUGCGCGCCUCCCAACGUCCGUCCAGCCCAUCAAGUACACGCUCGACUAUGACGUGAUUGAUUUGGACGGCUUUCGCUUUGAGGGUUCCGAGUCGAUUGCCAUCGCGAUCACCGAAGACACCAAGAGCAUCACGUGCCACGCCGUCGAGCUCUGGGUCCAUGACGUCAGCGUCACGCUCGCGUCGGGCGCGUCGAUCGCUUGCGAUGAGAUCCGGUACACCAAAUUUGACGAGUCGGUCACGUUUGAGUUUCCGACGACGCUGGCCGCGGGCUCGCAUGCGACGCUCCACUUGCGCUUCCACGGUAUCCUCAACGACAAGCUCAAGGGCUUUUACCGCAGUGAGUACACGCAGAACGGCGAGCGCCGCGUCAUGGCCGUGACGCAGUUUGAAGCGUGCGACGCGCGCCGCGCGUUCGUGUGCUGGGACGAGCCUGCGAUCAAGGCCAAGUUUCAGAUUUCCAUGGUGACGCCGAUCGACCGCGAAGCGAUCUCCAACACGCACGUGCUCUCGACGCUUGUGCGCCCCGUCAAGGCCGCGCACUUGACCAAGAACGCGGGCGUCUUUGAGAAAAAGUGGACCUUUGCCGAGACGCCCGUCAUGUCGACGUACCUCGUGGGCAUGGUCGUCGGCGAGUUCGACUACGUCUCGGGCUAUACGGCCGAAGGCGUUCUGGUUCGCGUCUACACGCCGGUCGGGCGCAGCGAGCGCGGUCGGUUCGCGCUGGACGUCGCGACCAAGUGCCUUUCGUUUUUCACGCAAAAGUUUGGCAUCCCGUACCCGCUCACGAAGCUCGACAUGCUCGCGAUCCCCGACUUUAACGCGGGUGCGAUGGAGAACUGGGGCGUCGUGACCUACCGCGAGAUGCGUCUCCUCAUUGACGAGAACGGGUCGUCGAUUGCGCAAAAGACCGCGACCGCGCGGACCGUCUGCCACGAGCUCGCGCACCAAUGGUUUGGCAACCUCGUGACGAUGGAGUGGUGGACGAGCCUCUGGCUCAACGAAGGGUUCGCGCGCUUCAUGGAGUUUGACGCGGUCGACCACAUCUUUCCCGAGUGGAACAUGUGGACCAGUUUUGUCCAAGACAUCACGAUGGGCCUCGCGAUGACCAAGGACGCGAUGCUGAGCUCGCACCCGAUCGAGGUCGAAGUGCACCACCCGGACGAAGUGAACGAGAUUUUCGACACGAUCUCGUACGCCAAGGGCGCCAGCGUCAUCCGCAUGCUCGCCAACGUGGUCGGCCUCGACCAGUUUUAUGCUGGCGUGCACAACUACCUGCUCCAGCACAGCUACGCCAACGCGCGCACGGAGGACCUCUGGGACGCGUUCGAAGCCGCAUCCGGCAUGGAGAUCACGGCCAUGGCCAACACGUGGACCAAGCAGACGGGCUUCCCCGUGCUCUCAAUCACCGAGACGGACGAGGCGACGCUCGAGCUCUCGCAGACGCGGUUUCUCGCGUUUGGCGACGACAACGAAGGCAGCCGCUGGGACGUGCCGCUCACGCUCGCGACGCCGGCCGAGACGACGUCGACGACGAUCUGGACGCACGACAACGAGACGUUCUCGUUGCCCAAGCCGUCGGACGCGCCGUGGUACAAGCUCAACGCGCAGCAGACCGGCUUCUACCUUGUCAACUACCCCGACUCGGCCUGGCACGCGCUCAAGGAGCCGGUGCGCAGCCUCGAGCUCGGUGUCGUCGACCGCGUGUCCUUGCUUUCGAGUGUCUUUAUGCUGGCCCGCGCCGGCGUGUUGAGCUGCGCCGACGCGCUCGCGUUCUCGGAAGCGUUUGCGGCCGAGCCCGAGUACCUCUGCUGGAAGGAGCUCUCGGAGAACCUCCAGGCGUACACGUCGCUCUUCCACGACGACGAGGCGUGCGCGCCGGCGCUUCGCACCUAUGUCCAGGGCCUUUACGCCAACGUCUUUGCGUCGCUCACGUGGGACAAGCUCGAGACGGACGUCGAGAUGACGAGCAACUUUCGCCGCAUCGUGCUCGCCAUGCUUGGUGGCGCCCGCGACCCGGACGUCCUCGCCGAGGCCUCGCGCCGCUUCCACGCCGGAAACCUCUCGGCCGACUUGCGCUCGGUGGUCUACUCGCUCCAUGCGCGCCAGGCGAGCGCGCCGUCCGAGGCCAAGGCGGUCUUUGAGUACUUUUCCAGCACGUACUUGACGAGCGAUUUCAUCGAAGAGCAGCUCGACUGCCUCUCCAACAUUGGCAAGAUCCCGGGCCUCAAGCUGCAGACGCUGCAGUGGGGCGUCGAGAACGUGCGCGCGCAGGACAUCCAGUACAUCUUUAGCAGCGUCGCCAGCGACAUGGCCGGCGCCGACCUCGCGUGGACGUACGUGCAGGAGCACUGGGCGGCGCUCAACGCAAAGUUUGCGCCGAUCCAGGUCGGCCGCAUCCUCACGUCGGCGAUCACGCGCUUCCAGAGCGACGACCGCGCGCUCGAGGUCGAGGCCUUCUUGGCCACGCGCCAGCACCCCGCGUACGCGCGUGUGGUGGACGCGACCCUCGAACGCAUCCGCACCCGCGCUGCCAUGUACGCUCGCGACCAAGACAGCAUGCGCAGUUGGCUCGCGACGCUUGCCGAGUAA